AGGAGCGGCUGCAGCAGCUGCAGGGGCGCCUGGGGCGGCUGCAGGAGGUGAACCUGGAGCUGGCGGCCGCGCUGCAGGAGUGCAAGAGCGAGGCGGAAAGGCUGAGCAUGGAGCUGGGGCAGCACGAGUCCCGCAGCACCGCCCUGCGCCUGGCCCUGCGCUGCAGCGAGCGCUGUGGGGGCGCUUAUGCCGCCCUCCUGGACCUGCUGCAGGCCAAGGCGGGACGGGAGGACGGUGCCCGUGGGGGAGCAGCAGGAGAGCAGAGCCCAGGGCACGGGCAGGGGUCCAGCCCCAUGGCCACGGCAGGGCCGCAGCUCCCGAGCCCAGCAGAGCCGGACGGGCGGGAGGAGAGCGGGGCCAGCAGCUCCCCCGGAGCACAGAGCACUCCAGCGCCCCGGGGGAUGGAGGAGGGGGCGCUGCGGGAGCACAUCCGCCGGCUGCGCGCCGAGCAGGCGGCCGUGGAGGGGUCCCUGCUGGACGCCCCGGCCCCCUCCGGGGUGACCCAGCAGGGCCAGGAGGCCCGGGCACGGGCCGAGAGGGCGCUGCGAGAAGCCAGGGCGCUGCUGCCGGGCUGGAGGAGGCCCGAGAAGGCGGAGCUGCUGCAGGACCUGGCGAUGCUCAAGGAGGCCAUGGCUGAGCUGAGGACGCGGCUGCAGCUGGCGGAGAGGGAGAAGAGGGGCCUGGAGGUGCUGCUGGCCGGGCAGGGGCCGCGGGAGGCUGCCCUGCGCCUCGUGCUCCAGCACCUGGAAUGGGAGCGGGAUAGGGGCACCCGCCGCCCCCCCAGCAGCUCCAGCAGCUCCAGCAGCAGUGAGGGGGAUGCCCAGAUUGGCCGGGUUGGAGCGGCGGCUCCGCGGAACCCUCCGGAUCUGGAGAGGAUGAGGGAAGAGCUGCUCCGCACCUCGGCCAGGACGGAGGAGCUGCGUGCCCGGGCACAGGAGCUGGUGCUGUCCCUGGAGCAGGGCAGUGCUGCCAGCCGAGCACAGCAGGCACAGAGCGUCACCGUCGCCACGGACCUGUUCCAGGCACACAGCGCCCUGGCCCUGGCGUACCGCGGUGCCCGGCGCAAGCAGGCGGCCCAGGCGCGGCGCCUGGAGGCGCAGGCGGGAGCCCUGCGCAGGCAACAUUCCCGGCGGGAGCAGGCGCUGGCCCGCAGGCUGCACUCCCUGGAGCAGGGCCCAGCCAGCAGCGAGACCUGCAUCUAG